AUGCAAUACGUCCGCUCACUUGGCUCCGGCGUCUCAAAGACCUGGAACUCCAUCAAUCCUGCAACGCUCUCGGGUGCUAUUGACGUCAUUGUCGUCGAGCAAGCAGAUGGCACUCUGGCGUGCUCCCCUUUCCAUGUCCGGUUCGGCAAGUUCUCGUUGCUGCGACCUUCGGAGAAGAGGGUCGAGUUCCAAGUCAAUGGCGCCAAGCAGGAUUAUGCCAUGAAGCUGGGUGAUGGCGGGGAGGCAUUCUUCGUAUUUGAGACGGCGGGAGACAUCCCAGAAGCUCUGCAGACGUCACCCUUGUCCUCUCCUGAGACUAGUCCGCAGACUGUUACCGCCGACACUGAGGGUUCGAUGCCAUUUCCGGAGCCGACACCACUGGACUUGGAGAAUGGACAGGAGAGUGAAACGCCGGAGAUCGUACCAAGCGAGAGUGCAAUUCCUAUCCUACGAAAUGACGAACUCGUCGGCGUCGAGAACGAAAUCUAUGGCGGCUUUGCCGGUUCAGCUCCCGAUGUCUCCGCUGGUGCAAUAGAAGCAAGACUCCGACCUAAGAUGCUAGCUUCCAUGGAGCGGGCGGUCUCAGAGGAAGUCCUCCCCUUUUCUGCAAAGGAGAGACUUGAGGACAUUGACCUGGAAUUCAGGCAACGAGCCCUUUCUAGUGGUGAGGAAUCGCGGACAGUGCGAUCGAAGACCAGUCCGCCUGCCUUAAGGCCGCAGGAUGCCUACAACCGAGCGAUGACGCUAUCCAAGAAAUUAUCGACAUCCAACAUUCGCUCGAAGGUGACCGAGUCCGGCGAUCUCAUGCUCGACAUGACUGGCUACAAGUCUACCGAGGAGGAGGCUCUGCGGGCGGAGGCCAUUGCGAGGAAGCUCCUAUCCGAGGAGCUCGAAGGAAAUUACGAUAUCGGCUCUCUCAUCGGGACUGAUGAGCACGGCAACCUCUGGAUAUACAGCAGCGAAGAGGCCAAAGAGGCUGCAAAUAGCAGAACUGUUGGUCAAAGCAUGGGCGUAUCGGCCAUGCUAAGCAGUGACUCGGCCUCUGACCCUGGUUAUCACAGCGACAGUGACCGUGAGCUGUCCCCACCAGGUACGCCCAAGCAGCAUCAGCGAGCGAAAUCCGAGGACCUGCCGCCACCACGUAUGUCUACUGAGGGGCGAAAUUUUGCGAAAACGCUUCGAUUGACAAGCGACCAGCUGAGGAAGCUCGAACUGAAGCCAGGAGCAAAUCCUAUGACUUUCACAGUAGGGCGAGCCACGUGUCCAGCAUUCAUGUAUUACUGGUCUUCGGAAGUCCCUAUUGUUAUCUCGGACAUCGAUGGCACAAUCACGAAGUCGGAUGCUUUGGGCCAUCUCCUCAACAUGGUCGGUCGCGACUGGACUCAUUCUGGGGUCGCCAAGCUCUACACUGAAAUCGUCGCUAACGGGUACAAUAUUCUGUACCUGACAAGUCGUGCUGUGGGACAAGCCGAUACGACUAGGGGCUACCUGAAUGGCAUAAAUCAGGAAGGCUGGAAAUUGCCGAAAGGCCCAGUCAUCAUGAGUCCUGACCGGACUAUUGCUGCUCUGCGACGAGAAGUCUAUCUUCGAAAGCCCGAGGUCUUCAAGAUGGCCUGCUUGCGGGACAUCCUGAGCUUGUUUCCAGGAAGAACGAAUCCCUUUUAUGCAGGAUUUGGUAAUCGAUUUACAGAUGCGCUCAGUUACCGAACUGUACAUAUUCCCUCAACCCGGAUUUUUACCAUCAACACCAAUUCUGAAGUUGCUAUCGACAUGCUCAGCCUGAGCAAAUACCGAAGCAGCUAUGUCACCAUGCGUGAGGUUGUCGAUCACCACUUCCCACCUGUGUCAACACUCGUGAAAGAAGGAGGAGAAGAGUACACGGAUUUUACCUACUGGAGGGAUACGCCACCAGGGAUGGACUCUUUUCUGCCAACGGACUCGGAGGACGAGAGUGACAGUGACGAUGACGAGAGAGACGUCGAUGAUGAAGAGAUCAAUGAAAUGGGAGCUAGCUACCUCUCCCGAGACUCUGUGGACGAAUCUGCUAUGAGCGACUCGAUCCGGCAAUCAAUCGAAGUGGAAGACCUGGAAGAAGAUCUUGCGAAUUCAAGGAUUGUAGAUGAUGAUUUCACAGAAGACUAUCUGGACAGCCGGCCGAGGUCAUCAAGCAGGCGUAACAACAGUAACUAG